AUGUUCAAGGGGCUGAGCAAAGUCUCCCAGGGGAAGGGGUCCCCCAAGGGCUCCCCGGCCAAGGGCUCCCCCAAGGGCUCUCCCAGCAAGCACAGCCGGGCCGCCACCCAGGAGCUGGCCCUGCUCAUCUCCCGCAUGCAGGCCAGCGCCGACCAGGUGGAGAGGGACAUCCUGGAGACCCAGAAGAGGCUGCAGCAGGACCGCGCGCGCAGCGAGCAGAACCAGGCCCUGCAGCACCGGCAGGAGGCCGGCCGCAACCUGAAGGAGGCCGAGGUGCUGCUGAAGGACCUUUUCCUGGACGUGGACAAGGCCCGGCGGCUCAAGCACCCGCAGGCCGAGGAGAUCGAGAAGGACAUCAAGCAGCUGCACGAGCGGGUGACCCAGGAGUGCGCCGAGUAUCGCGCCCUGUACGAGAGGAUGGUGCUGCCGCCCGACAUGGGGCCCCGGGUCGACUGGGCACGGGUGUUGGAGCAGAAACAGAAGCAGGUCUGCGAGGGCCAGUACGGGCCGGGCAUGGCGGAGCUGGAGCAGCAGAUCGCGGAGCACAACAUCCUGCAGAAGGAGAUCGAGGCCUACGGGCAGCAGCUGCGGAGCCUCGUGGGCCCGGACGCGACCACCACCCGGAGCCAAUACCGGGACCUGCUGAAGGCGGCCUCGUGGCGCGGGCAGAGCCUGGGCAGCCUGUACACGCACCUGCAGGGCUGCACGCGCCAGCUCAGCGCCUUGGCCCAGCAGCAGCGGCGCAUCCUGCAGCAGGACUGGAGCGACCUCAUGGCGGACCCCGCGGGCGUGCGGCGGGAGUACGAGCACUUCAAACAGCACGAGCUGCUGAGCCAGGAGCAGUGCGUGAACCAGCUGGAGGACGACGGGGCGCGCAUGGUGGAGCUGGGGCACCCGGCCGUGGGGCCCAUCCAGGCCCACCAGGAGGCCCUGAAGAUGGAGUGGCAGAACUUCCUGAACCUGUGCAUCUGCCAGGAGAGCCAGCUGCAGCACGUGGAGGACUACCGCAGGUUCCAGGAGGAGGCCGACGCGGUCAGUCAGACCCUGGCGAAGCUCAACGCCAGCCUCAACACCCAGUACAGCCCUGCCCCCGGGGGCGCCCCGGGCACCCUCACAGAGCUGCUGUGUCGGCUGGAGGCAGAGGAGAAGCAGCUGGCUGUGGCCGAGAGGACCGUUGGGGACCUGCAGCGGCGGAGCCGGGAGGUGGCGCCUCUGCCCCAGCGCAGGAACCCGCCGCAGAAGGCUCUGCACGUGGACAGCAUCUGUGACUGGGACUCGGGAGAAGUGCAGCUGCUGCGGGGGGAGAGGUACCUGCUGCUGGACAACACUGACCCGCACACCUGGGCGGUGCAGCGCCCUGGCGGGGAGAGCAAGCGCGCCCCGGCUGCCUGCUUCUGCAUCCCGGCUCCGGACCCCGAAGCCCUGGCCAGGGCCUCCAAGCUGACCUCGGAGCUGCAGGCCCUGAAGCAGAAGUUGGCCGCCGCCCGGAGUCGCCUGAAGUCCAGCGCAGCGGAGCCCCCGCGGCCGGGUCAGCAGGGUGCCACUGGCUCAGCCCCAGCCGACCCACAGGCCCAGCAGCUCUUGACACAGAUGACCGGGCUGCACGGGGACCUGGGACAGCUGGAGAAGCAAGUGCUGGGCUGGGCGCGGGCCCCCCUGAGCCGCUCCACACCUGUGGAGGACCUGGAGGGCCGCAUGCAAAGCCACAAGGACCUGGCCCAGCGGCUGCAGCGCCUGGGAGCAGAGAAGGAGGCCGCCCAGCGGGAGUGCGAGGAGUUCCUGUCAGCCAGGCCCGUGGGCCCCGCCGCCCUGCAGCUGCCGGUGGCCCUCAAUGACGUCAAGAACAAGCACAGCGACGUGCAGGCUCUCUGCAGCCUCUAUGGGGAGAAAGCCAAGGCUGCCCUGGGUCUGGAGCGACAGAUCCGGGAUGCUGACAAGGUCAUCCGAGGCUUCGAGUCCACCCUGGCGAAGGAGCCCCCCAUCCCUGCUGCCCCGGGCGCCCUGCAGGAGAGGGUUGGGGAGCUGCAGCGCCAGCGGAGGGAGCUGCUGGAGCAGCAGGGCUGCGUGCUGGGGCUGCACCGAGAGCUGAAGGCCACCGAGCACGCAUGCGGGGCGCUGCAGAAUCAUUUCCACGAGUUUUGCCAGGACCUGCCGCACCAGCAGCGCCAGGUGCGGGCCCUCACUGACCGCUACCACGCCGUGGGGGACCAGCUGGAGUUGCGGGAGAAGACCGUGCAGGACGCCACUCUAACCCACCAGCAGUUCAAGAACUGCAGGGACAACCUGAGCUCCUGGCUGGAACACCUGCCCCGCAACAAGAUGCGGCCCGGCGACGGGCCCAGCCAGGUCGCCUACAAGCUGCAGGCACAGAAGAGGCUGCUGCAGGAGAUCCAGGGCCGAGAGCUGGAGAGGGCAGCGGCUUCUCGCCUCUCCCAGGACCUGCAGGCGGCUCUCCAGGACUAUGAGCUGCAGGCUGACACCUACCGCUGCUCCCUGGAGCCCACCCAGGCAGGGCCGGCCCCCAAGAGGUCCCGCGCGGUUCCCCUGCAGGAAAGCAUCCAGGCACAGGAGAACAGCCUGACGAAGGCCUUCACAGAGGCUGCGGCAGCUCAGCGGGAGCAGCUGCACCAGCUGGAGUUUGCCAGAAAUGUGCUGGAGAAGAGGGAGCUCAGCGAGGACAUCGAGGUGGCCCAGGGCGCACAGCAGGGGGCUGAGAGCGUGAGGCACACGGGGAAGCAGCCGGAGGCCCUGAAGGCCCAGUUGGAGGAGGAGCGGAGGCGCGUGGCCCAGGUACAGCAGGAGCUGGAGACGCAGCGGAGCCAACUGCUGCAGCUGAGGACCCAGCGGCCUUUGGAGAGGCUGGAGGAGAAGGAGGUGGUGGAGUUCUACCGGGACCCCCAGCUGGAGAGCAGCCUGUGCAGGGCGAGGGCCCAGGUGGAGGACGAAGGCAAGAAGCGCUCGGUCCUGCAGGCCGACUUGGAGGCGGCCGCCCAGAAGGUCAUCCAGCUGGAGGGCAAAAGGAAGGCCAUGCAGCCUCACCUGCUCACCAAGGAGGUCACCCAAAUUGAGAGGGACCCCAGCCUGGACAGCCAGGCAGCCCAGCUCGGCAGUGAGAUCCAGCAGCUCCGGGGGCAGGACGCGGCCGUCGUGGCCCGGCUGGAGGAGCUCAGGAAGGAGCUGCUGGCCCUUGAGCAGAAGGAGGCCAAUGUGAAGGAGAAGGUGGUGGUGAAGGAAGUGGUCAAGGUGGAGAAGGACCUGGAGAUGGUCAAGGCAGCCCAGGCGCUGAGGCUGCAGCUGGAGGAGGACAUGGCGCGGAGGAAGGCAGCGGAGGAGGCCGUGGCCAAGCUGCGCGCCCGCACAGAGGCGCUGGAGCAGGCCAUCAGCGCCGUGGAACCCAAGGUGAUCGUGAAGGAGGUGAAGCAGGUGGAGCAGGACCCGGGCCUUCUCCAGGAGGCGUCCAGGCUGCGGAAACUCCUGGAGGAGGCGAGGAGUGAGAAUGUGACGCUGGCCCGGGAGCUGCGGGAGCUGCAGGGCGAGUACAGUGCGCUGGGGAAGCAGAAGCCCCGCGUAGAGGUGCAGGAGCGCGUCCAUGAGAUCUUCCAGGUGGACCCGGAGACCGAGCGCGAGACCGCCCGGCUCCGGGCCGCGCUGCAGGAGACGGCCAGCAAGAGGAGCGGCGUGGAGAAGCAGGUGGAGAGGCUGCUGGCCGACCUGGCUGUGCUGCGGGCCCAGAAGCCCGAGGUGGAGUACAAGGAGGUGACGCAGGAGGUGGUGAGGCACGAGAGGAGCCCAGAGGUGCUGCGGGAGAUCGACCGGCUAAAGGCUCAGCUCAACGAGCUGGUCAACAGCAGUGGGCGGGCGCAGGAGCAGCUCAUCCGGCUGCAGGGCGAGCGCGACGAGUGGCAGCGGGAGCGCGCCAAGGUGGAGACCAAGACGGUGAACAAGGAGGUGGUGCGCCACGAGAAGGACCCGGUGCUGGAGAGGGAGGCCGAGCGGCUGCGCCAGGAGGUGCGGGAGGCCACGCAGCAGCGGCGGGCUGCCGAGGACCUGGCCUACGAGCUGCAGAACAAGUACCUGCUGCUGGAGCGAAGGCGGCCCGAGGAGAAGGUGGUGGUGCAGGAGGUGGUGGUCACGCAGAAGGACCCCAAGCUCCGAGAGGACCACAGCCGGCUGAGCCAGAGCCUGGACGAGGAGGUGGGCCGGCGGCGGCAGCUGGAGCGGGAGGUGCAGCAGCUGCAGGCUGGCGUGGAGGAGCAGGAGGGCCUGCUCAGCUUCCAGGAGGACCGCAGCAAGAAGCUGGCCGUGGAGAAGGAGCUGCGGCAGCUGACCCUGCGCAUCCAGGAGCUGGAGAAGCGGCCCCCGGCGGUGCAGGAGAAAAUCAUCAUGGAGGAGGUGGUCAAGCUGGAGAAGGACCCGGAUCUGGAGAAGUCCACGGGGGCCCUGCGGCGGGACCUGGACCAGGAGAAGGCCCGGGUGACCGAGCUGCACCGGGAGUGUAAGAGCCUGCAGGUCCAGAUCGAUGUCCUCCAGAAAACCAAAUCGCAGGAGAAGACCAUCUACAAGGAGGUGAUCAGGGUAGAGAAGGACCGGGUGCUGGAGGGCGAGCGGUCCCGGGUGUGGGAGAUGCUGAACAGGGAGCGCGCGGCCCGGCAGGGCCGGGAGGAAGAGAUGAGGCGCCUGCGGGAGCGGAUUGAAAGGGCGGAGGCUCUGGGGAGGACCUGGGCCCGGGAGGAGGCCGAGCUCCAGAAGGCCCGGAACCAGGCCAGCCAGGAGCACCGGCAGCUGCAGCAGGAGCUGCGGGAUCUGGAGCGGCAGAAGCAGCAGAAGGUGCUGCACCUGCAGGAGGAGUCCAAGCUGCGCAGCCAGAAGACGGAGAGCGAGCGGCAGAAGGCGGCCCAGCGGGGCCAGGAGCUCUCGCAGCUGGAGGCGGCCAUCCUCCACGAGAAGGACCAGAUCUACGAGAAGGAGCGGGCUCUCCGGGACCUGCACAGCAGGGUGAGCCGGGAGGAGGUCAACCAGGAGACCCAGACACGGGAGACCAACCUUUCCACCAAGAUCUGCAUCCUGGAACCCGAGACGGGCAAGGACAUGUCCCCGUACGAGGCCUACAAGAGGGGCGUCAUCGACCGCGGCCAGUAUCUGCAGCUGCAGGAGCUGGAGUGCGACUGGGAGGAGGUGACCACCUCGGGGCCCUGCGGGGAGGAGUCGGUGCUGCUGGACCGCAAGAGCGGGAAGCAGUACUCCAUCGAGGCGGCGCUGCGCUGCCGGCGCAUCUCCAAGGAGGAGUACCACCUCUACAAGGAGGGCCGCCUCCCCGUCUCCGAGUUCGCCCUGCUCGUGGCCGGGGAGACCAAGCCCUGCGCCUCGCUGUCCAUCGGCUCCAUCAUCUCCAAGUCCCCGCUGCCCUCCCCGGGCCCCCAGAGCACCUGUUUCUUCUCUCCCAGCAUCUGCCCGGGGCUCAGCGACGACAGCUUCCCCAUCGCCGGCGUGUACGACACGACCACGGACAACAAGUGCAGCAUCAAGACGGCCAUGGCCAAGAACAUGCUGGACCCCAUCACCGGGCAGAAGCUGCUGGAGGCGCAGGCGGCCACCGGCGGCAUCGUGGACCUGCUGAGCCGGGAGCGCUACUCGGUGCACAAGGCCCUGGAGCGGGGCCUGAUCGAGGGCACCUGCACGCAGCGGCUGCUCAACGCCCAGAAGGCCUUCACCGGCAUCGAGGACCCGGUGAGCAGGAAGCGGCUGUCUGUGGGCGAGGCCGUGCAGAAGGGCUGGAUGCCGCGGGACAGCGUGCUCCCGCACCUGCAGGUGCAGCACCUGACCGGGGGGCUCAUCGACCCCAAGAGGACGGGCCGCAUCCCCGUGCCGCAGGCCGUGCUGUCCGGGAUGAUCAGCGAGGAGCUGGCGCAGCUCCUGCAGGACGAGUCUGGCUACGAGAAGGAUCUGACAGACCCCAUCUCCAAGGAGAGGCUGAGCUACAGGGAGGCCAUGGGGCGCUGCCGGAAAGACCCCCUGAGCGGCCUGCUGCUGCUGCCCGCGGCCCUGGAGGGCUACCACUACUACCGCGUGGCCUCCCCCGCCCUGCCCCGCUGCCUGCGCUGA